UCCAUCUUAAGUAACUUUGAAGGUUGUGUUCGCAAUUGUUUAUUUUUUUCACGCGUGGAUGAAUUUAUUACGGUCGAACAAUAAGUAACGGCGAUUGUGAGAGUCAAAAUGUCCAAAUCACAGUUCCCGGUGAGGCAGAGCCUUCUAAAGGUAAACCGAUACUUGUUGCCACCGGUGGCUCAAAAGUUGAAUCGUCCGGCUCAAUCGGACCCGUCCAUUCCGUUACGCGGUCGUCCUCCAAAGCGAGCCAAAAUGGAAUAUAUGUCCGCCGGGAUCCGUCAUCAGCACUCGUCCUCAUUCAUCAUGAAGCUGUUCGAUCGGAGCGUGGAUUUGGCCCGAUUUGAGCCGGAAAGUUCGCUGUAUCCGGUAUGCCGAGCUUGGAUGCGCAAUCAGCCAAGAGUUCGGUUGUAUCAGGAGACUAGCCAUCGUCAGCAGCUGGCGAGGAAACAUCAACAUAUGCCAGAUAUUGUGGAUCAUUAUAAUCGGAAUCAGAUAGAGAGAAUUGAUCAAAUGCCUAAACCAAGCGACAGUGAAAUGGAACCAUACGACUUUGAAAAGCCUUUCGAGAAUGGAAAGUCUUCGUUCGAUUUUACCGGAGUUCAAAAGGUUGUACCUAAAAAGGAAGCACUACUCAAAGAACACAAAGAUCGAUGGAUUAAAAUUCGACGUCGAUGGCAGAGCCAUCGGCAGAAUUAUCUUCGUAGGUAUCAAUUGAGCUAUGAUUUACUUGAUGCCAUUGUUAAGAAAAAAACUGUAUGAAAUAAACCGAAAUCUAUUGCACUUUGUUUGUAA